GGCAUAGAAAAGUCCGGAGGGGAGGGGUUCCGGGUCACCCUGGUGGAUGAGGGGGAUCUGUACAACUGGGAGGUGGCGAUCUUUGGGCCCCCCAGCACCUUCUACGAAGGGGGGUACUUCAAGGCUCAACUGAAAUUCCCAAUUGAUUAUCCAUACUCUCCUCCAACAUUUCGAUUCCUUACAAAAAUGUGGCAUCCAAACAUCUAUGAGAAUGGAGAUGUGUGUAUUUCCAUAUUGCAUCCUCCGAUAGAUGACCCCCAGAGUGGAGAACUUGCUUCUGAACGGUGGAACCCUACUCAAAAUGUGCGAACAAUCCUUCUCAGUGUAAUCUCGCUUCUGAAUGAACCAAACACAUUCUCGCCGGCCAAUGUGGAUGCAUCAGUUAUGUAUCGAAGAUGGAAAGAAAGCAAGGGAUGUGAUCGAGAGUAUACAGAAAUUAUCAGAAAACAGGUUCUUAAUACAAAAGCAGAUGCAGAGGUGGAUGGAGUCAAGGUCCCAAUAACACUGGCUGAAUAUUGUAUAAAAACAAAAGUUCCAGCUCCAGAUGAGGGAUCUGAUCUUUUAUAUGAUGAUUACUAUGAAGAUGAUGACAUGGAGGAUGAGGGUGACAGCUGCUAUGAAGUCCAGGAUGACUCUGGCAAUGAAGAAUCCUGACCCUUACUGCUUCCAGCAAGUUCUUCCUGCUGGUGCCUACCUUUUACCCACUCUCCCUGUUAAUAAAGCUGAUGCUGGAAAAAAAAA